AUGGCGGUGGCGCAGCGGCUCUUGCAGUGCCGCUACCUGCGUCUCGUGUUCCGAGGCCGGGAGCUCGAGGCGAACUCGGCGCUCGAGGCCAACUUGGGGCAUGGCGACACCAUCGACGCGGUGGCGCAGCAGCUGGAGGUGGCGUCCACGGACCAGGCCUUCGCCCUGUUCGUUGCAGGAGGUCCAAGUCCGGUGCUGCUUUGGGGCAACGAGAUUGCCGGAGGCUACAGCAAUGUUCGGGAGACGCGGAUUAAGAAGAUCCGAGGACACCUGGAGAAAGAGGUCCGCAGCGAUGGGACAGUGGUGACUUGGGGCAAUCCGCUGCGAGGGGGAGAGAGCACCCAGGUUCAGGAGCGGUUGACCGAAGUGCGGGAAAUAUCAGCCAACGACGGUGCCUUUGCUGCGAUCCGAAACUUUGGCGGUGACAGCACCAAGGUUCAAGAGCAGCUGAGGAAUGUUUGCGAGCUCCAAGGGAACAGAUAUGCCUUUGCUGCCCUUCUAGCAGAUGGCUCCGUGGUUACUUGGGGUGAUCCGCGAAAAGGCGGAGAUAGCCGCCAGGUUUCGGAAGCGCUUCAGCAGGUCCAACGGAUCCAUGCGGCACCCCAAGCCUUUGCUGCAAUAAGGGCGGAUGGGUCUUUGGUGACCUGGGGCGAUCCUCUCUUUGGCGGAGACAGCAGUGAGAUUUCGGAGCAGCUGGACUUCUUGUGA